GUGUUUUGAUUCAGUACCUUUCCUACAAUGUUGUCGAUGUAUCAAUUCCCCAAACAGACGAGAGCAUUAGAUGCCAUAAAAAGAUUAAAAAUCUUUCUUGAGAUUCAGGGCAAUACUGAAAAAGAGCCUUUACCUACAAUGUCGAAAAUCGUAGACUAUUGCAUAAAAUACCCACGAUUAUUACGAAUUCGCGAUUCGCCACUGAAAGUUUUACACGAUCCUAGUUUGCCCUAUGUUGUGGUACAUGAUUGGUAUAUUGGCAUUGCUCUUGAUUAUCUGGAGGCCUCAGUUGUAGUAUUACUGGAACAAUGGGAAAAGGAUUUCAAGAAAAAGAGACAUGCACCAGAGCAGAUAUCGGAGCAGUUUGUGCGACUUGUGGAUGACAUUUAUAAAUGUUACGAACAUACCGGGCUUGCAUUGAAAAUGCCUUUUCCGGAAGGGAGUCCAUUGGGUGCAGCCGAAUUAAAAGACAAGGUGAAAUAUGCCAGUAUUGCAUUAAUCAAGGAUAAAACCACACAUUUCUUUACGGACACAACAAAAAGUUUUUACGAAGAAGGUCUAAAGACAAUCGAAAUUUUAUUCCGUGCGCGCCUCAAAACGGAAGAGAACCCAAGUUUUGCGUAUCUGUUUUCGCCUGGUGUGGCAAAAUACAAAGAUCAAGAACUCGAAUUUCAUGUUCAGUCUAUUUUGGAUUCGAAUUUACCUGGUUUAGUAGACGUAUUCAACUUGCCGGACGAUAUGCUGGAAGAUGCCUGUAACGAAAUAUCGAAAAAAAAGAAGCCAAAGAAUAUUAGUGUUGAUAGCUGGAUGGACCCGACUGAAGAGGAGGAUUACGAGUCUGUGGAAAAACAUGAAUCCAAAUUGCAGGAUUUUAGUGAUGUAUGUGUAAAAUUAAAUGCUUUAUCACUGACACCAGACUGGACAGCUAUUUUGGUUGAAGUAAUUAAGAAGAGAUUACAUAGCCAGAUAUGGAUAGAUAAAUGGGACGAAUCCAUGGUUACAAUACAGCUGAAAUGGCUUCAUGUAUUAAUUCUGCCUUGGAUUUCGUACGUAUUACCAAAAGUAGAAGAUAUAAAUGCAAACUGGAAUGACUUUUUACGGCAAAAGAUGAAGGCUGAGCAUAUCCUUUACGAGAACAUAUAUCAAACUAGAAUUCCUCACAUCUUUGACAUUAUAGAAGAUUAUCCUUCAACUUCUGAAGCCAUUCUUGAUUUUCAUAUUACUGCCACGAAAAGAGGAUUACUGGAAGACUUGAAAGAAAAAUUGAUCCAAGAAUUACAAAAAAGACUUUUACACCAAGGAGCCGCGGCCGGUAGAUUAUUAAAUCAUUACAGCAAUUGCACUCAAUGUCUAUGUAUCAUAGACCCUAGUUGCAAGACCAUGGUUCCGAUUAUUCAUUUGGUAGAAGACUAUGUCAAACAAUAUCGUAACGAUAUUAUAGAUGGCGCCGUUGAAUUAAUCAGAGGACAAGGCGAUGAUGCGUUUCAAAACUCGGAGAACGGAUAUGUGUAUGUAUUCAAACAAUCGGAAAUAAAUGACGAGGAAGCGCCCCGAACCGGCAUUGUUAUUGAAGAAGAUGAGACAGCUAUGCUUCGUAAACUACAAGUAAAAUCUAGAGAUCCCGUAGCGAUGAUAAUCAGUAUGUGCAAUCCUAUCCAAAAGUUUAUCGAAAGAUACGGUGAAAUUUUAGCCGAAGCUUUACUUCAACUCACGGAUUAUGACACGGAUAAAGAAGUUCAAAGAUUAGAACUAUUGAAGAAGAACUUUCCAGCCGACGCUUUUACAAAAUGUGAUGUCAUGUUGAGAGAUGUUGAUAUUAGUAGAAGAUUAGAUCGGCAGAUUCAUGAAAAUCCGGAAAUCGAUAGUACAUUUCAUACGGUAUUGUUGUCAAGGUUGUACUGGCCUGAUGCAGAUGAAGAAGAUAAUGAUGAUAGCGAGGAUGAUUUAAAUAAUUCAGGUCUACAGCUGUGGCCUAGAUAUGAAAGUACGCUUGAAAAAUACGAAGAAGAAUAUAAAAGCGCCAGGGCAUCAAGGAAAUUAAAGUACCUGCACAAUAAAGGAUCAGUGAUCUUGCAGCUUGAAUUUAAAACUAGAGUGGAGACAUUCAAGACUUCACCCGAGGCUGCUACAAUCAUAUCACUGUUUGAAACAAAAGAUAAUCAAUUUACCAAGGAUGAGAUAGUAGAAAAGGUUGGCUUGUCUAAACAAAAGGUGAUAGAAGCAUUGGAGUUUUGGACCGAGAAAAAUGUUAUUGAAUUAUUAGCAAAUGGAAACUUUGUGUUACUGGAGGAUUAAAAAUGAAACUUUGGCAUGUUAAUCAAAAGCUUUCCUUUUUAGUUACUUGUUUCUAUGACUUUACUUCAAUAAAUAAUUCAAGGCUUUUUUUUUU